GUGCUGGCACUGAAAUUAAAAGGCACUGGAAAAUGAACACUGAAUGCUGACACGAAAUCCAGGAUAAUGUUGACCUUACCCUUCGAAGACCCUGCGAUGAUGCCGGAGACACAGUUUAAUGCGGAUUUCCCUCGAGACUGCAUUGAAGAAAUCAAGGUGAGAAAACAAGACCCUUUCAUAAAAGUGGAAACCAUUUCCAGCUCAGAGAACAAAAUUACUCAGGAGGAAGAGUCGGAGAAAGACGAGGACGAGCGGGAAGAAGGCCAAGACGAGAACGGCUUGCCCAGAAGGAGAGGACCGCGCAGAAAGAAGAUGACUCAAGCGCGGAUUGACAGGGUUAAACUGCGACGCAUAGAGGCCAACGCGAGGGAGCGGAGCAGAAUGCACGGUCUGAACAAUGCUCUAGACAGUCUUCGCAAGGUGGUUCCCUGCUACUCCAAAACGCAGAAGUUGUCCAAAAUCGAGACCCUGCGGCUGGCGAAGAACUAUAUAUGGGCUCUGUCGGAAAUUCUUAGCACCGGCAAGCGACCUGAUCUGUUGACCUUCGUGCAAACGCUGUGCAAAGGAUUGUCACAACCCACCACCAAUUUAGUGGCGGGGUGUCUGCAACUGAACGCCAGAAAUUUCAUCGCAGAUCACAGCGGGGAAGCGCCCUUCGCUGGCAGGUCUCCUUACGACGCGGUGUACCCGCCGUACCACAGUCCUGAGAUGGGCACGCCUACGGGCCACGGUGGCGGCGGCGGCAGCGUGGACAGCGCCAAACCCUACAAGCCGUACAGCUACUGCAGCGUCUACGAGUCCUUCUACGAGAGCGCUUCCCCGGAGUGCACCAGUCCUCAAUUCGAGGGUCCCCUCAGUCCUCCGAUUAACUUUAACGGGAUCUUUUCCCUCAAACACGAGGACCCGGCAGAGUAUGGUAAGACGUGCCACUACGGCAUGCGCUACUGCGCGAUGCCGGCACGCGGUUCUCUCGGCCACAGCUCGAUGUUCAGGGGAUCUUCCGACAUCCAUUUCCCAUAUGACAUACAUUUGCGCAGCCAGUCCUACGCCGUGCAGGACGAAUUAAACACAGCUUUUCAUAAUUAA